CCUCUAUACCAUACCAUUUUGCAGCUGCUUCUUCAAAAACCUUAUCGCUCUUUUUCUUCCUCUUCUCUUCUCUAUCUUUCUCCCUUAUCUCUUUCUCUCUCAAACAAACAUCAAUGGCUUCCGCCUCUUUUCUCGCUUCUUUCACACCCAAAACAUUGGGUCUUUCUAAAUCUUCAACUCCUUCACUACCCUUUUUCUCUUUCCUCUCUUCUUCUUCUGCAUCCAAAACUUCACCAAAUUCCGUCGCAUUUCCCUCUCUAAAACGGUAUGAAUCCAUUUCUUCUCGUUUUGUCCAAAACGUUGCCGUUUCUUCAGAGUAUGAGCAAGAGGAAGAUGUUAUGAGUGAUGAGAGAGAACAACAGCCUAAUUUCUCCCCUGACCUUAAACUUUUUGUGGGUAAUCUUCCUUUUAAUGUUGACAGUUCUGACCUUGCUGGUUUGUUUGGUUCUGCUGGAACUGUUGAAAUGGUUGAGGUUAUAUAUGAUAAACUAACUGGAAGAAGCAGAGGGUUUGGGUUUGUGACUAUGUCUACAGUUGAGGAAGUAGAAGCAGCUGCACAACAAUUCAAUGGCUAUGAACUUGAUGGCAGGUCUUUAAGAGUGAAUGCAGGACCUCCACCACCUAAAAGGGAUGAUUUUUCACCUAGAGGUGGGGCAGGUGGUAGCAGAGGGGGUGGACCAGGUUUUGGGAGCUCUAACCGUGUUCAUGUUGGCAAUCUUUCAUGGAAAGUUGAUGAUGCUGCCCUUAAGACUCUCUUUAGUGAAUUAGGAGAUGUAGUGGAAGCCAAGGUGAUCUAUGACAGGGAUAGCGGUCGUUCUAGAGGUUUUGGGUUUGUUACUUACAAUUCUGCUGAUGAAGUCAACAGUGCCAUUGAAUCCUUAGACGGCGUGGAUCUGAAUGGGAGGUCGAUCCGUGUAACUGUUGCAGAAUCAAGGCAGAGGAGCCGAUUUUAAUGUGAUAUUUGAUGCAGAACUGAUUUCUAGGCAGGUUGCUAGAGGAAUGCUGCUGCAGAUGCACCCAAUUAGUGCUGAACAAUGAGGUUGUCUUGUGCAUCAGUUUGCUCAAUUUUCUCCUCUAGAUGCACUGAAAUCGCUUAGAUAAUGUACACUUUGCAUGGAGAAAUUAUGAAUAUGUUCUGGAAGCUCUUUCCCUUUAGGUAUUUGCAUUCUACUAUGUUUCGUUGUUUUCGCAGUCUAGGUCGGAAUGAUUAGUUUAACUCUAUUAUAGUAGGAUGGUUUCAAUGUAAUAUCUCUUUCCCUGCGAGACUGCUUGAAUCUGAUUAGAUGCAGCAUUCUUGUGUAAGAACUGGUUGAUCAGUAGUGAUACAGUAAUACAGACGUUAUUUGUUCAGUUAAAAUUUUGGUUGUCUUAGUAGUUGAUUUUUUUGGUGAUGUGAUGUGUGUUUCUCCCAUCAUCUUUGUAUCCGAGAAUUAAUCAAUAGAUUUACUAUCAAAUUGAUUUGUUCCA